AUGGCUGAUAAAAAUUUAAUACCAUCAUUCUCAUUAACAGGAAAUACAUCUCAAUAUCCAUCAGAAUGUAAUUAUGUGGAUAAAGAUGAUUCGUAUCUUGUUAUACAACAACCAUCAAUAUUAUAUAAUUAUAAAAAUGGUCAUCAACCAUCACAAUAUACAGGCGCACAAUUUAAUAUAUUAUUUGAUGAACCUGAAGAUGAUGGUGAACAAACAUCAGCAUGUUUAUUUGAAUUAACUCCUCCUACACCUCUACCUAUUCAACGUGUAUCAUCAGAAGAUGAAUUAAAUUUUUAUGCUAAACAUAAACGUGCAAAAUUCAUAGGACCCUAUCUAUUUGGUGAUGCUAUUGGACAAGGUUCAUAUGCAAAAGUAAAAGAAUGUUUAGAUCGUCGUACGCUAUGUCGACGUGCUGUUAAAAUAAUGCAACGUCGUCGUUUACGUAAAACACCACAUGGAGAAAAAAUGGCGGCAACUGAAAUACGUUUAUUAAAAAAAUUAGAUCAUCAAAAUAUAAUAAAAUUAUAUGAUUUUAUACGAAAUGAUGAAAAACAAAAAUUAUAUUUAUUUAUUGAUUUGUGUGUUGUUUCAUUACAAGAAAUGCUUGAUAGUGAUGACCAACAACGAGAAAUCAAAACAUUUCCUAUAUGGCAAGCACAUGGAUAUUUUGUACAAUUAAUCGAUGGUUUAGAAUAUCUUCAUUCAAAAUUUAUUAUUCAUAAUGAUAUUAAACCAGGAAAUUUAUUGAUAACAGUUGAACAUCAAUUGAAAAUUACAGAUUUUGGAACAGCUGAACAACUUGAUAUGUUUAGUACAGAUGAUACAAUCACAAGAAGUCAAGGUACUCCUGCUUUUCAAUGUCCUGAAAUUGCAAAUGGUGAAGAUACUUAUAAUGGUUUUUCCAUUGAUAUAUGGUCAUGUGGUGUGACAUUAUAUAAUCUCGUUACUGGACGUUUACCAUUUGAAGCAGAUAAUAUUUAUUUAUUAUUUCAAACAAUUGGUAAAGGUGUUUAUACUAUACCAGAUGAUAUUGAAUCUCAUUUAGCUUCAUUUAUUCAUGGUUUAUUACAUAUUAAUAAAAAUUUACGUUUAACAUUAGAACAAAUCAAACAACAUGAAUGGUUUCGAAGACGACCACCACGUACAUUUGAAUUUUUACCAUUUCCUCCCUCAGCAUUAAAUCGUUUUCAAACAUUUACAAUGCAUGAUUAUUUAACUGAAUUACAUCGAUCAACAGUUUUAUCUGAGGAGGAGAAUCAUAAUGAUAAUCAUCAAGAAGAACAACAACAACAAAUAAAAAUACCUAUUGACUCAACUUCAUUCUUUCAUUCACCAUAUGAUAAUCAACAUGUAGAAUCACAACAACAACAACAACAACAACAACAACAUCAACAAGAACAUAAUGGUCGAUCAAGACUCAAUUGUAGUUGUAGUCGAACAUUAAGUGGUGAAAAUAUCUAUCCAACUAAAACUCGAAAUCGACAUCAACCACGAAUAUGUGUUUUAUCAUAA